GUAACAAUAUGUUGUAUCCUAAAGAGGAUAAACAAGCUAACCGUUUGUUAUUCGAAUGCAGAAUUUGUGAAUAUGUGGAAGAAGCUGCCACUCCGCUAGUGUAUCGUCAUGAGUUGAUCAGUAACUUUGGUGAAACUGCUGGUAUUGUGCAAGAUAUUGGUUCAGAUCCAACACUUCCGAGAUCAGAUAAGGAGUGUCCAAGAUGCCAUGCUCAUGAAAAUGUGUUUUUCCAAUCUCAACAAAGAAGAGCUGAUACUUCUAUGGUUCUGUUCUAUGUUUGUUUAGCAUGCUCGCAUACUUAUAAGAGUACCUGAGUGAGAAGGGGUAUCUGAUACACACAAUCUCAUGAAUGCGGUUGGUUUUGUACUCUUGGUGGAAAGAAGCUGAGGUUCUUUUGAAUGGUGAUUACUAGUGUGACAUAUCGUUCGUUUUAUGUUUAGUUUAAAAUAAGUUCCGUGUAUAAUAGUUGGUUUUGAAAUAAAA